AUGGACGACAAGGAAGCAGCCUUUGAUGAUGCAGUAGAAGAACAUGUGAUCAACAAAGAGUACAAAAUAUGGAAAAAGAACACCCCUUUUCUGUACGAUUUGGCGAUGACCCAUGUUCUGGAGUGGCCCAGCUUAACUGCACAGUGGCUUCCAGAUGUAACCAGACCAGAAGCGAAAGAUUUCAGCAUUCAUUGACUUGUCCUGGGUACAUACACGUCGGAUGAACAAAACCACCUUGUGAUAGCCAGUGUGCAGCUCCCUAAUGAUAAUGCUCAGUUUGAUACUUCACACUACGACAGUGACAAAGGAGAAUUUGCAGGUUUUGGAUUUGUUAGUGGAAAAUUUAAAAUAGAAAUCAAGAUCAACGAUGAAGGGGAAGUAAACAGGUCACGUUAUAUGCCACAAAAUACUUGCAUCAUCGCAACGAAGACUCCAUCCAGUGAUGUUCUUGUUUUUGACUAUACAAAACAUCCUUUUAAACCAGAUCUUUCUGGAAAAUGCAUCCCAAACUUGUGUCUUCGUGGACAUCAGAAGGAAGGCUAUGGGCUUUCUUGGAACCCAAAUCUCAGUGGGCACUUACUUAGUGCUUCAGAUGACCAUACCAUCUGCCUAUGGGACAUCAGUGCUGUUCCAAAGGAAGGAAAAGUUGUGGGUGCGAAGACCAUCUUUACAGGGCAUACAGCAGUAGUAGAAGAUGUUUCCUGGCAUCUACUUCAUGAGUCUCUGUUUGGGUCUGUUGCUGAUGAUCAGAAACUUAUGAUCUGGGAUACUCGUUCAAACAAUACUUCCAAACCAACCCACUCAGUUGAUACUCACACUGCUGAAGUGAACUGCCUUUCUUUUAGUCCUCACAGUGAAUUCAUUCUUGCCACAGGAUCGGCUGAUAAGACUGUUGCCUUUUGGGAUCUGAGAAAUCUGAAACUUAAGUUACAUUCCUUUGAAUCACAUAAGGAUGAAAUAUUCCAGGUUCAGUGGUCACUUCACAGUGAGACUAUUUUGGCUUCCAGUGGUACUGAUCGUAGACUGAAUGUCUGGGGUUUAAGUAAAAUUGGAGAGGAACAAUCCCUGGAAGAUGCAGAAGAUGGGCCAGCGGAAUUGUUGUUUAUUCAUGGUGGUCACACUGCCAAGAUAUCUGAUUUCUCCUGGAAUCCCAAUGAACCUUGGGUGAUCUGUUCUGUGUCAGAAGACAAUAUCAUGCAAGUGUGGCAAAUGGCAGAGAACAUUUAUAAUGAUGAAGAGCCUGAAGGAAGUGUGGAUCCAGAAGGACAGGGAUCUUAGAUUCGUCUGCACUUGAAUUAGGGGAGAUUCAAGUCGUAUAAAUUCCUACUCUGAAA